AUGCCCAAAAUAUCUCCAAUCUGGAGGAAAAGGCCAGUUCUGAGAAACGAAUAUUGUAAUGGAAAGACAUUCUUAUCAUACGAUUUUCCAGAUGUUCCUCCAUUUUCGAACAGCUUAGCUAGUUUCAUCAGAGUUUGAAGAGGUCUCAAGAAACCUCCAUAGGGCAAAAAGCCUAUAGACCAGAAAAUGAACGGCAAUUCUCUCCAGGCCACAUUUUCCCUUUCUUUCUAUGAGCUUAUUUAUACACCUAAAUAUUGUGAAGUACAUAACAUAAGCAGAGAACUACCUAAGCACUUCAUUAAACAUGAUACGGCAACCUCCUAGAAAAAUGGAACAAGUUAGUCACUAGAUGAACAUCGCUGGGUCCCGACCAAGAGUAUCACUGUAGGGAAAUGUACAUCAGUGCUGGUCAUAACUAGAUAACAAGCUACUUAGACGUGAUAUAAGUAGGCAUAUGAAAUUACUAAUACGAUUUUCAAUCAUUAAAGGCAAAGGUAGGCAUGUUUCACUUCUUAAGGAGGCUAUUUGCAACUAGUUUCACAGGAUAACAUCUGUGAAGUUGCAAUAUUUGGUAGGCAACAUGAACAAUAUAAGCCAAAUCUCCAAUGGAUUGAAUAAGAAUUUCCCUUAAGUCGAUCAAUAAAUUGCUCAAGAAAAUAAAUAUUUUCAUUAAAAAAAAACUCCAGAAAAAAGGACGAAAUCUUACCCGAGAAAAAUAAAGCGAUUGCAUUAAAAGUUCAAGCUGAAACUCUGCAAAUCAAAAUAAGCAGAGUGUUAAAAAUAAUCUGCUACAUAAAAUAAAAGGAUAAAUUAAGGAAUAAAAACAGAUCACUGAAAUUCGUGAUCAGGGCUUCCAUGUAAAAGACUGUAGUAUAAAAUAAUAACUAACAAUACUGAAUAUAUAAUCCAUUUGGUCUCCACUUUUGACUAAAAGAAUCCUUGCAAAGAUAGUUUACCGGAAUCCUUAAUGCAGACAAAUAUAUGGUCCACAAUAAUAGAGACAAGGGAGCGUCCAGCUGCUUCUGUGGAAUUCUGUCCAGAUCAGGUUUGAGGUGUCAACAUAG